ACGGACAAAAACCCGGCCCAACGCGGGGACGCACCGCAAAAGCGGACGGCCGCGGCGUCCGGAACGACGCAAACCCGGCCCAAAUCUGGGCUAGGUUUGCGUGGCCGCGGAUGGCACGCGCCGUCCGCUCGCGUCCGCGCGCUGGUCGCCUCGUCUCCCUUGGGCCCACCUGUCGGUGACCAGGGAGUCUAAUAAAUGGGGACUGGAGGGGAUCUGGCCCUCCACUCCAGUCCCCACUCCACUCCCCGAGCAAAACCGCCGCCAUGGCCCCGAAGCGACGGUUCGCUCCCGGAGCCAAUGACGACGAGGCCAGCAGCAGUCGGCGUCGGCCGCCGGCGCUGCGGGCCGGAGGGAACCGCGGCGGCCUCCACAUCGGAGAGGCCGCCCGCGGCGGUGCGGCAUUGCCGCAACCGCCGCCUCUCCUCAUCGAGCCCAAGCCGGAGUCCUCGGAGGAGGACCCGGACCUCCGCGCCGCCCUGAUCAUCUCGGCGGCGGAGGAGGAGGCGAAAUGGCCGCAACUCCAUGCGGCCAUUCGCACCUACGAAAUGGAGGAGGCGGCGCGGCGGGAGGUGGAGGAGGCGGAGGGCUGGGAGCUCUACGCCCAGGCCCUCCAGGCGCGACGGGAGGAGGAGGAGGAGGCGGCGCGGCGUGAGGAGGCCAGGCGCCGCGCCGACGAGCAGCGCCGCCAGGAGGACAGGUGCCGCCUAUAG